GGCGGGGCCCAGGGCUGCACUUUGUUGAGGGUUCCUGCGCGAUGUCUCGCUGUAGUUCUCUAACUCUGCUGGCCCUGCCGGCCCUGCUGGCCCUGCUGGCCAUGCUGGUCCUGCCCAGCGUGGACGCUAUUGUUCAUAUUCCAAGAGUUCAAGUUUAUUCUCGUCUUCCAGCAGAGAAUGGGAAGCCUAACUACCUGAAUUGCUAUGUCUCUGGGUUUCAUCCACCCCAGAUUGACGUAAAAUUGUUAAAAAAUGGCAAGGAGAUGGAGACGGAACGGUCCGAUCUUUCUUUUAGCAAAGACUGGACUUUCUAUCUCCUGGCGCAUGCUGCUUUUACCCCAAAUGACGAAGAUGAAUACGCCUGCAGUGUUACACACAUCUCACUCAGUACACCAAUGGUAGUUAAGUGGGAUCGAACCAAGUAACUAACAGAAGCAGAAUGAAGAUACCCCAAUUUGGGCAGCACUAAUUCCAAAUUGUUUCUUUGCUUUUUGCUGUUGAUAAGUUCGUAUACUUUAUGCACCCAGUAAGGAAAUGAUCAUGACGUUGAUGUAGGCAUUAUCUUUGUAAUUCUACUUCAGACACUGUCUGCAUGUUUAUGUUUCCAUGAAGUCAAAACUUCAGAAAAGAGAAAAACUGCAUACUAAUAUUUGGAUCUUAAGUAUCUUAAACAAUAAAAUCUUUUAUUAGAAACCUUA